GACAGCAGAGAGGAGGAGGAGGUUAUCCUGAGGUAAAGCGCCCUGAUGUCUCCGCUAAUCCUUUAGCUGCGCCCCAAAAAGACGGAAUUCAGUUUGUUCCGCGGUGACUCCAGGGGAUCCUAAUAAGGUGCGAGAUUUGCCAUGGCAUGUGAGGUGUGAGGAGCGGCCACCAUGAUCGGAGGACUGUUCAUCUACAACCACAAGGGGGAGGUACUGAUCUCCCGUGUGUACCGCGAUGACAUAGGAAGGAACGCGGUGGAUGCGUUCCGUGUGAACGUGAUCCACGCCCGGCAGCAGGUGCGCUCGCCUGUCACUAACAUCGCACGCACCAGCUUCUUCCACGUGAAGCGCUCCAACAUCUGGCUGGCAGCCGUCACCAAGCAGAAUGUCAACGCCGCCAUGGUGUUUGAGUUCCUCUACAAGAUGUGUGACGUGAUGGCGGCCUACUUCGGCAAGGUCAGCGAGGAGAACAUCAAGAACAACUUCGUCCUCAUCUACGAGCUCCUGGACGAGAUCCUGGACUUCGGAUAUCCCCAGAACUCAGAGACCGGAGCACUGAAGACGUUUAUUACGCAGCAGGGCAUUAAGGGUCAGCAUCAGACAAAGGAGGAGCAGUCUCAGAUCACCAGCCAGGUGACUGGGCAGAUCGGCUGGCGCCGCGAGGGCAUCAAAUACCGCCGCAACGAGCUUUUCCUGGACGUGCUGGAGAGCGUCAACCUGCUCAUGUCUCCACAAGGUCAGGUGCUGAGCGCGCACGUGUCGGGCCGGGUGGUGAUGAAGAGUUACCUGAGCGGGAUGCCUGAGUGCAAGUUUGGUAUGAACGACAAGAUCGUCAUCGAUAAACAGGGAAAAAGCAGCGCAGGCGACGACACUGGAAAGAGCGGGAAGCAGUCUAUCGCCAUCGACGACUGCACCUUCCACCAGUGUGUGCGUCUCAGCAAGUUCGACUCGGAGCGCAGCAUCAGCUUCAUUCCUCCAGACGGAGAUUACGAGCUCAUGAGGUAUCGCACCACGAAGGACAUCAUCCUGCCGUUCCGCGUCAUCCCGCUGGUCCGCGAGGUCGGGCGCACCAAGCUGGAGGUCAAAGUCGUCAUCAAGUCCAAUUUCAAACCCGCUUUGCUGGCACAGAAGAUCGAGGUGCGCAUCCCCACCCCUCUGAACACCAGUGGCGUGCAGGUGAUCUGCAUGAAGGGCAAAGCCAAGUACAAGGCCAGUGAGAACGCCAUCGUCUGGAAGAUUAAGCGCAUGGCCGGAAUGAAGGAGUCUCAGAUCAGCGCUGAGAUCGAGCUGCUGCCCACCAACGAUAAGAAGAAGUGGGCUCGUCCUCCCAUUUCAAUGAACUUUGAGGUGCCGUUCGCUCCAUCCGGUCUGAAGGUUCGCUACCUAAAGGUGUUCGAGUCCAAGCUGAACUACAGCGACCACGACGUCAUCAAAUGGGUCCGCUACAUCGGCCGCAGCGGCAUCUACGAGACACGCUGCUGACCGCGUAACUAGCCGCCUCCCGUUCCGCACCUUUCCUCCGAGACAGGUGUAUGAGUUCAUCUAAACAAACAGUAGAGAAUUAUGCAAAUGUGAACCGUGUCCUGUGUGCAUGAGAGAGAGAGAGGGGUGUGAUGUGAGAAGGUCAGAGCGCUGCACGCCCUGUACAGAGGGUUUACUUUAGCAGAUAGCUGGUUGAAUCUGGGCGCGUACCAAAUGCCUUUUUAGAAUCCUAGCAACACAGCCGCGUGAGCGUCCUCCCUCACCGGAUGUUACAGUGCGUAGAGCGAUGGAGGAAGUGGUGCAGUGCUGUGAGGAUGGCUCAAUCGCGCUCUCUCUCUCUCUCUCUCUCUGUUUUAGUGUCUGAUCUUACUCUCUGUAACAGUAAACAUGCAUAUAUCAAUAUAUAAAAAAAAAAUUGGAA